UGACGUCUCCAUGCAAGAUCCUCAAGUGCAACUCUGAGUUCUGGGCGGCCACAUCGGGCUCCCACCACCUGGGCACGGAGGAAGCGCCCGAAUUCUGCACGGCGCUGCGCGCCUACGCGCACUGCACCCGCCGCACCGCCCGCACUUGCAGGGGCGACCUGGCCUAUCACUCCGCCGUGCAUGGCAUAGACGAUCUCAUGGUGCAACACAACUGCUCCAAGGAUGGCCAACUUUUCUGCUUCAGAGGGAGUGUUUUAAAUAAGGCUAGUGACAAAUUUGUGAGCUGUAGUUCUUGCGUCUUGUCACAGUUCAGCAGCUACACCCACUGUGGGCUCUUCGGGGAUCCCCACUUCAGGACUUUCACAGACACUUUCCAAACCUGCAAGGUGCAAGGGGCUUGGCCGCUCAUAGACAAUAACUACCUGAACGUCCAGGUCACCAACACACCGGUGCUGCCUGGCUCCGCCGCCACCGCCACCAGCAAGCUCACCAUCAUCUUCAAGAGCUUCCAGGAGUGCGUGGACCAGAAAGUGUACCAGGCAGAGAUGGACGAGCUUCCCGCUGCCUUUGCCGAUGGCUCCAAGAACGGCGGGGACAAGCACGGAGCCAACAGCCUGAAGAUCACCGAGAAGGUGUCGGGCCAACACAUCGAGAUCCAGGCGAAGUACAUCGGCACCACCAUCGUGGUGAGGCAGGUGGGCCGCUACCUCACCUUCGCUGUGCGCAUGCCAGAGGAGGUGGUCAACGCCGUGGAGGACCGGGACAGUCAGGGCCUCUACCUCUGCCUCCGUGGUUGUCCGCUCAACCAACAGAUUGACUUUCAGACCAUCCGCUCGGCUCAGGGCACAGAGGGUCGUGCUCGUCGGAAGGGGCCCAGCCUGCCAGCCCCCCCUGAGGCCUUCACGUACGAAACGGCCACAGCCAAAUGCAGGGAAAAGCUGCCUGUGGAGGACCUCUACUUCCAGUCCUGCGUCUUUGACCUCCUCACCACGGGGGACGUCAACUUCAUGCUGGCUGCUUACUACGCGUUUGAGGACGUGAAGAUGCUUCACUCCAACAAAGACAAGCUGCACCUCUACGAAAGGACACGGGACAUCGUCGCGGGCAACACGGCUCCCUCGGGGACCCUCCCCACCCUCUGGGUAGCACUGCUGUGUUUGAGUCAGUGUUGGUUGUGCUUGUUGUAG